UAAUCUGCUUUUACCUUUUCUUCCUUAAAGAAUAAGAACAGACUGCAGGGAAUGAUUAAAGCGUGUGGUAAAGACUACAACAACAACCUCUCUGACCUGCACAAGGCUCUGACUCUUAGGAAGGCCAGGUCAAGUUUUGAUGCUUCUAUUUGGGUGCAGAUUUGACCUGCUUAAGUGUAGAACUAACAGAUUAAUAAAUUCUACAGUUUCACUGGCUUUUUGCCUUCUAAAUGCUUCAUUAUAACCAUAAGUAUGUGCUGUGUUGUUUGUUUCUGCUUGUGUAUGUUGAUGUGUACUGCGGCCUGUACAACAAAUUGCUCCCUGGGGAUAAUAAAGUUACCUGUGACCUUUGAAUGACCAGUAAUUUAUACUGACAUAGCCACAGUGCUAAGAAAAAAGCAAUCUGAUCAUAUGCUUUAAACUUUGUAUUUCCCCAAGUUUGAACUGGCUAGACAACAAGAAUGAGGAUACUGGCUAUUUGGCAAUUCUGAACUCACUUGUUAAUAUAGACACAUGGAAUACAUACCUACAAGUAAUCCAGUUUCACAAAAUAUCAAAACAGGACCCUACACUAAGAACAGGGCAGACUUUGAAUUAACCAUUAUUUACAACAAAUCAAGCUCAUUCCAUAUGAACCAGUGAGAACAAGUUUUCUAUCAUGUUCCUCCUUUUCAUACAAAUUGCCUCAAGAAGUAUAACCUUCUAUGUAACACCUCACUCUGAUUCUGUAGAACCCUGACCAUGCCUGCCUGCUCUGCCUCUCUGCUCUGCCUACACCUGCUGCUGCUGUGUGGGUUACUGGGAGGCUGGGUGCUGUCUAUCUGCCCCUCUGUGUGCUACUGCAGCCGGGGACACCGUGUGGUCGACUGCUCCUCACAAGGCCUAACCAAGCUACCGCCUGGUCUGCAGCACAACAUCCGCUUUCUCAACCUCUCAUUUAACAGUUUGCAUGGUUUGGACAGCCAACUAAGCCACUAUGUCCACCUGAGAACCCUGGACCUGUCCUACAACCGCUUGGUGAGCCUGCCCCCAGCAUUGCCACGGUCGUUGUGGGACAUUCGAGCAGCCGGGAACCAUCUACGCUCGCUGGACAAAAAUGACACGGCUUACCACUGGAAUCUGAAAAUACUGGACCUUUCAGACAAUGAGCUGGAGAGAGUGGUCUUCAUCAACAACACGCUGCCCAGUCUCCAAGCUCUCAACCUCAGUCACAACAGGUUUUGGACUGUGCCCACGAAUAUGCCGCACAACCUGGAGAGCAUUGACUUGUCACAUAACUACCUGGUGCAGAUCCUGCCUGGAUCACUGGAUCGACUGCCCAGGCUGGCUCAGUUCUACUUGCAUGCUAAUCGCUUCUCCUGGUUGCCUGAGGGGGUCUUUGACAAGCUGAUGGGGCUGGAGGUAAUAACUCUUGGGGAUAACCCCUGGGCUUGUGAAGAAGAGGAAAACAUAACAAGGCUCCUGAGAUGGGCUGAGCAGACCCGUUCAACCAUCUUUGGAUGCCCCUGUUAUACAAGACCCAUCUGUGGGCAAACCCAUCUGGCAAAACCAGGGAGGGAGUGGCACUCUGCGCUGUUCACAGAGCCACCUCUCUGGGUUAACAGUAGAGAAGGGCAUGACGGUCAAUCACCUGUAAGGACUGCUGAGGCCACAACAAGUUACCAGGUCAAAUCUGCGCUUUUUGAGACUGGAAUAUACCAGGACAAAAGAGGAGUUAAUGACUCUGGGGACCAUGGUGUACUUGUCUGGGCAUCCUCCACAGGUUUUGACAGUUUCUCCACACACACAAGCACAACAGCCCACCCACAGUCUUUAACAAAGAAGCCCAAAGUAGCUAAUUCAAAGAGCAAAGGCCACAGACAAUUCACCGAGACUCUGCCAACUGUCAUCUUAACUAUUUUAGUAAUGACAAUAUAUGUAUGCCCAGGUAGUUCCACUUAGCACCCCCAUUUUCAUUUUCCAUGUAACAACUGUUGCGACUGUUACUGCUUUCUCUCGACUGUCCUAAAGUUUAUUAUCAUUAAAGCUAGCUCAACACGUACAACAAAACACAUCUCUUAACUCCCUGUACACAAAGAUGCACUGUAUAAACCUCAAGACAGAAAAUGUCUUAAAAUUCUGAAUACAUAAUUCAACUGGUAUUGUCAAUGUUCAGCGCUCAGUAUUGUGCACACCGACAGACUGCUUUGCUCGAUGCUCUCUUCAUAAUACCGAUGCUUAUGCUGCUGCACUGUUCAAAAUAGGAUUUACAGUAUACAUUAUAUAACAUACCUCAAUCUGUCAACAACACUGUCACUGAGUGGUGAGUACAAGAACAUUUCUUCACAACAAAAAAAGGUACCAGUAAAGGGCUAGUUAAACACAAGAAGUCAAAUAACAUUAGAAAUUAACUGAAUAGUUACAGGUGUUCCUGUCUGCAAGAAAGUAAGAGAAAUGCCAUGAACGACAACAGUACAACGCAAUGACAAUAUUUAUAGUAAGAGCAUGCAGAAAAAAAAAACUACAGUCCAAGAAAAACCAGAGCACAAGAUACAAUCAAGAAACUUUCAACAAAAACAUAACUGUUUUGUAUUCUGUCAAAGAUACUCCAGAAAAGAUCUGAUAAAUCAUAUCUUUGUUGUCUGUGCUGCUUUUUUUGCAACACCAUUAAACAGUCCAUUCAACACUGGGCUGACAACAUAUUUAGCAUUCUGGUACCCUAACUGACAGACCUCUCUUGAACGCAUCAACUGCAGUAGUAUUGGCAUCAGACAGCAAUAGAAAGUGUGGCCUGGUUUGCUCUGGAGUUGGAUGGCUGACCUUGUUAGCA